UACGAAUUUUAUCCUCAAAGCACCGAAAAUCCCUGCGGUUCCAUCACACACAAGUAGCCAUGCCAGGUCCCGUCAUCGAAGAACUCGAAGCCGAGAAGAAGAUUCAGGAGGAUGAGCCCAUCGUGGAGGACGUGAAAGAGGAAGACGACCACGAUGAUGACGCCGACGAUUCUGAAGACGACGAAGAUGAUGACAAGGAGGAUGGUGCCCAAGGUGGCAAUUCUAAGCAAAGCAGAAGUGAGAAGAAGAGUAGGAAAGCCAUGUUGAAGCUUGGCAUGAAACCUGUUACAGGGGUUAGCAGGGUCACUAUUAAGAGGACCAAAAAUGUUUUAUUCUUCAUCUCAAAGCCAGAUGUCUUCAAAAGCCCAAAUUCUGAGACUUAUGUCAUAUUUGGAGAGGCUAAGAUUGAGGAUUUGAGCUCUCAGUUGCAGACACAAGCAGCUCAGCAGUUUAGGAUGCCAGACAUGGGAUCUGUUAUGGCUAAGCCAGAUGUGUCUGGCUCUAAUGCUGCUGCAGAGGCAGAUGAGGAAGAAGAGGUCGAUGAGACUGGUGUUGAACCUCGGGACAUUGAAUUGGUCUCGACACAAGCAGGAGUGUCUAGGGGGAAGGCAGUCAAGGCUCUGAAGACCCACAAUGGAGACAUAGUCAGUGCAAUCAUGGAGCUGACCACUUAAGUUUUUUUUUUUCUUUAAAGUUUCACCUUUCAAUUCGUGCUCUAUGAUGAAUUUUGGAAGAAGUUAUGCUUUCAUUCUAUUUUUGUUGCCCUUGUUAAUUGGUGAACCACUAUUGAGUAGUAGUGCAUUGUAGAACCUCAAUGACCAAUAUCAAGAAAUGAAGGGCUUUCUUUAUUA